AUGCCCUCCAAAGUAACCAUCGACACAACCCUCAAGGACGAAAAGAAUGUCCUGCCCAACGGUGACAGUCCCGGCAUCACCGUGGUCGCCAAGGAAGCCCCGAUUACCACCCCUCUCCAGCAACACAUCCUGUUCUGGGACCGUGACGGUGACGGGAUGAUAUUCCCAUGGGACAUCUAUAUAGGCUUCCGGGAAUUGGGUUUCAAUAUCCUCUUUUCGAUCCUGGCGGUGCUGGUCAUCAAUGUUAACUUUUCCUACCCAACUCGAUUGGCAUAUAGUUGGCUCCCGGAUCCGUGGUUUCGAGUUUACCACGGCUCGGACAGUGGUACCUAUGAUCCGGAAGGCCGCUUCAUCCCGCAGCUUUUUGAGACCUGUUUGCCAAAUGGGACUCGGAUCAAUGAUGGCGCGUUGACGUUGCUCGAGCUGUUCAAGCUGAUACAUGGGCCACCACUGCGCUGCUGA